UCACGAGUCAUGCGCUGUAACAGAUAGUACCCUUAUUUGCUGCCAUCUGUUACCAAAAUGCAUGUGGUUAGGUCAUCAUUUGAGGAACCUCAAACCUUAUAAAUUCACAUAAUGUAGCAUCAAAUCCAUUCCAUCUUUACUUUGUAAAGUAAACAAAGUCCACAAACAUAAAACAAAAGCUUAAAAAGAUAACAUGGCAAGCCACGGUAAUGACAACGUUUCUAGCAGUGGCCAAGCUCAGAUGAGAAAAGAUAGCUCAAAUGCACCUGGUCAAAGCCCCAACUUCCUUCAAGAGACUGGGACACAAAUGCAGAACAUAGCACAAGGAGCAGCAGAUAUUGGGAAAGGAGCAGCACAAGGUGCAGUAAGUGUGGCUCGUGGAGCAGCUUUAGGUGCUGCUAACAUAGCUCAAGGUGCAGCUGAUGCUGUCAAAAAUACUGUUGGUGGAGCUAAUAAUAAUCCACCCAAUGACAAUGCUGCUGCUACCGGUGGUAUCCCAAAUUACCUUGAUGAAUACCCAAAACACAAUCCAACCAACCCCAAAAUUUAAAAAUGCUAGUACUUGUAUUGUUUGAAAAAUUGCUUUCAAUUUGUCUUUUUUCUUUAGUACUACUACUAUUGUUGUAGCCUGUUGUGAGGUGUGGUUUGUUGUUUAGUGCCACACCAUACGUAACAUUGGCCUAGUCAUUUUUUUUUUUUCUUAAUAGAGAGUUCUAUUGAGAAUUGUUGUUCUUGUUACGUAUUAAAUUGACAGCAACAGCAUUCGUGUGCUGUUUUCUUGGAUGUAUAAGAAUUUGUUUAGAAAUUUAUUCAAAAAUCUUUUUGUGAA